GAGUGUCGGUCGGCAGCAAGGUCAUUGGACUUGGAGGCGAGACGACGAUGGGCGGGAAGAAGAUCAACAAGCAGCAGGACAAGCUGGCCAAGGCCAGCGCUUCCUCGAGCGCCCGCGCGGGCCAGCUCCUCUCUGGCGCGGCCUCGUCGGGCUUUAUCGGCUUUGGGGCCUUUGCGGCUGCGGCCGCGCCGGCGCCAGCGACCUUGGCGUCCGCCGAAGAUACGAGUUUGGCUGCCUCGACCACCUUCUCGUUUUAUGAUGGCGCGGACGGCGACUUGGCGCUUGCGCUCAAGAUGCUCGGGAAGCGCGAUGCGCUCACGAAGACCAAGGCGCUCUUGAACUUGAAGGACGUGAUCGUGCCGAGCCGCAAGCCACUCGAGCUGCGGCCAGCGAUCGGCCACUACUGCUACCUCUACGGGAAGCUCAUGGCCGAGAACGACCGGCGCGUGCGCCAGCUCUCGAACGAAGUGCUCUUGAGCAUGCUCGAGAAGAUGAAGAAGGCGACAGUCUUCCACAACCAUAUUGCACUGCUCUUACCCUCCUGGUACGUCCUCGCCAUGCAUGACAACCACGUCGAGACGUCGCGCCUUGCCAUGCGCGCGUUCCAGCUCCUCUUCCCGACGCUUCUCGACCAGCAAAGUGUGCUCUCGACCCACAUGGAGCUCCUCACGACGACGAUCCGCACGUACCUCGCCGCCAAGGUCGACGACCUCAGCGACCGCGACAUGUACAGCGCCGACGAGGCCGAAGAGCGCUACGAACGCAUCCUCACGUCGGCGCUCCUGAGUCUCGGCAAGCUCGUCGAAACGAUGGCGCCGUCGUCGUCGCACCUCGAGCCCGACGGCCACCUGCACCACUUGCUCACAUCGCAGGCGCUGUCUCGGCAAACCACCGCGGCUGGGAAGAGCCCAACGUUCUCGCGGGCCUGCGUUCGGCUCGGCGCGUACAAGGCGCUCACGUCAGUGCUCAUGCACACGGCGAUCGCGCUGGACGCCAAGGUGGUGCUCAGCACGUUCCAAGAAAAAGUCGCCAGCAACCACGAUGCCAUGUGGACUCUCGUGCUCUCGUUCGUGCAACGUUCGCCGAGUCUUCCGUGGGCGUCCCUCCAUAGUGCAAUUGUCCCCCGCCUGCUCUCGCUGCUCAAGCACGGCUUUUACGGCUCGGGCGCCGGCUCGUACCCGAACGUCCUACCGCUUCUCGCGUCCAUGCCGCUGCCUCUCGCGUCCAGCGUCUACCCGCAGCUGCUCUCGGCGCUCUGGAAGGGCCUCGAGACGCCCCACGUCGUGCAGAUUGAGAGCGACGUCGUCACGUCGUUUCUCGAGUGUCUUGGCGCGAUGGCCACCAUCUUCUUGUCGCUGCCGUCCUCGGACGAAUUUGUCUCGGCCUUUGAUCCGCCGGCGUAUGUGCAGAUGACGUUCGGGCCUGUGCUCACGAGCGUCCUCCCGGCCGUGCUGCGGUCGUCCAUCUCGGACCGCGCCUUCGCUGCCUUUUCGAAGCACGUCUUUGCGCUUGUCCCACGCGUGACGAGCUUCCGCGACGGCCGAAGGACGCUGCUAAGCGCCGCCGACGAGCUCCAAGGCCGCUGGCUGCACAAGGUCAUUGCCGUCCAAGACGCCUUUGUGACGCUCUUUCAUACUACGCUGCAUGUCGCAUGCGUCGAGAUGGUCGUGACGCACGUCGCGUCGACCGCCUUCUUGCCCGAGCGGCUCAUCGGGCUUUUGGCCCACGCCCGCACUACGUACCACAAGCAGUCGGACUCUGACUUGGUCGCGACGUAUCUGGACCCGCUCGUCAAGGCCGUGUACGCUGGCAUCCUCGAGAGCAUCGACGUGGCGCACCCGCUCUCACGGCAGUUUUUGCUGCUCGCGCAGCUCCUCGAUGUCUUUGGCCUUGACCACGCAAGCGCCGACCCCGCGACGCAGUAUACGUCGGUGCUUGCCCCGGCGCUGCCGCAGUUGCAGCCGCCCACGGACUUUUUCAAGCUCUUUUGGCACUACGUGCAAGCGCUUCCGGACCAGCGCUCGGCCAUGUGGGACGAUCUCACGCGCCGCAUGGACAUGAUGGACGACCCGCUCUCGGCGGCGAUCGCGGUGCGGUCGCUUGCGCUCAAGUCGGCCGACGCGUCGCUGGCCGAGUGGACAGACGGCGUCGCGUCGCCUGCGUCGCUCUGGGGCGUGCUCUGGACGAGUGCGUGGUUUGAUAGGCACGUGAACGCCCUCUUGAUUGAUGGUGCGAUGCGGCGCUGGACGUCGGUCGAGACGCUCUUCCUGGCGUCGUGCUGGGCCGACGCUGGCGUCCCCGUCGUCUCGAAAAAGACACUGGACGCGGCCGUCCUCUUUUGCGACAAGCUGCACGACGCGAUGCCGGAGAACGUGCUCUCGCUGCUCGAGUCGCUCCUCCCGCAUGUCGAACGCAGCGACAAGGCCAUCGACCUCGUCUUGCACGUGGUGCGCGCGAUGGACGCGGCGAAUCCGACCACCGCCCACAGCGCGCAGUGCCUCUGGAACGAGCGCCUCUGCCCGCGCGUCCGGUCGUUUUGGCCGAUGGCGCAAAAGACGCUGCUGCAGACGAAAUGGGCGGCGGCGCUCAACGCCGGGUUUGCGACCGAGGACGCGGCGGUGUGGGCGGCAUUUGCGAGCGCCUACUUGCAUCUGGACGACGUGUGCGGGACGACCAAGUCGACGCUGCUAUCGACACUCGCACCGCUCGCGACGCCGUCGUACCGACAGCUCGAGGUGUUUGCCGAGCUCUGCCACGUCGACCACGGCGCGCUCGUCCGUGGCAACGACUGCUUUACGAACGUGGAUACGCUGCUGCAGCUUGUGUACCUCGACGUUGGCUUUGCGCUCACGUGGUUUACGGUCGACAGCACGCACGUGGCGCCGCGCGAGAUGCUGGAAAGCAGCGUCUCGAGCAGCUGGCUCGACGCGUACGUGCUCCUCGGCCCGCUCUACGAAGCGCCGGUCGUGCCACUGCUGCUAACAAAAGCGCUCGCGCUCACCGAGGAGGCGGCGGCGCCAUGGCUCCACGUCGUGCUCACGACCCACAUUGACAACCCCGCGCUCAAGAGCAGCGUCGUGCUCGGCCACGGAACGGCGCCCGACAGCGCGCUCCUCCAUUCGACGCUGGUGCAGCUCUUGGUCGACGCGCUGCCGUCGUCGCAAGUCGCGUCGAUCGUCACGAAGGACCUUUUGAACCAGUACCCGGCGCACGCCUCGAUCUUGCUUCGCCGGCUCGGCUCCGCGACGGACGUCUUGGCCGAUGCCGUCGCCGCCCUGGACGAAGCGCCGAUCGAGGCGCUGUCGACGCACGGUGCGUCCUUUGUCGCUUUGCUCAACUCGGCACCGAACGAUGUCGACGUCGAUGCGCUGCUGGCAAAAUGGACGCGGUUGCUCUCGACCAAUGGCCUGCGUCGCCCGCUCGCGAUCGACGAGUGGACGCUGUUGUGCCAGGUUGCAACGUCCGUCUUGUCGUCGCGGCCGACCGCGCUUCGCCUGGCGAUGCAGCUGCUGCAGAGUGCCUUCUCGGCCAAGCAAGAUCAGUCCGACGUCGUUGGCUUCAAGAUGCAAUCGGCGGACGCAAGUGCGACGAUCCUCCGCCUCCGGUCGACGCUGCUCCAGCUCGUCUCGGCCGUCGCCAGCACAGGACGCGACCACAUGGACCUCGAGCUCGCACGGCACCACCGCGACGCGGUCCUUGCGACGUCGUUGCAGGCCGUCGCGGGUGGCCUCGCGACGCGUGCGCGCGUCCAAACGAGCUUUGUGCACUGCAACGACCUUGGCGCGUGCAUCGACUUGGUCCAUGACGCAAUUGCGGCCGACACGGCGGUCGCCAACGGUCUUCUGACGCUCGGUGACGUCAUCGCGUUCGUCGACCUUCCCGGUGACGCGGUGGCCGCCACGAUUCUCAAUGUCUUUAACGGCCGCGACGUGCUCUGGACCGCGCUCACCACGUCGGUCUCGCACCCGGUGCUCAAGGGCGCUGUCUAUUCGCUGCUGCGCUUGACCAACUUGGCGGUCCUCGCCGAUGCUGAGGCGACCGGUGUGAACCUGGAAGCCGACGACGAAGCCGCGACCGAAGCUGCGAUCACGGCGCUGCUCAUCACGCCGGGCUUAGCGACCGCGCUCCAAACGAUUUCGACGACGCCGAUGAGUGCGACCGAGUCGUUGGCGCAAUUUUUGCUCUGGGACUUGUACCUGCGCAUGUUUCCCGAGACGCCGAGCCCGCUGCUCACGUCGGCGCUGGGCGCGUACGUGCGUCCGCAGCUCUCGUCGCUUCUGCUGUCGUGCGGCGACCACAUCAAGUCGAUUGCGUUGUCCGAGCGCCAUCUCGAGUCGGCGUUUCCGUCGCUGGCGACCGCCGCGACCGACUUCUCGGACCGCUUGUCGCCACUCGCGGCCGCGCUCUUCUAUCGCACGGUGGUCAAACUGCCGACCAUGGUCCGGCUCUGGUGGAACGACGAGUGCAGUCGCAGCGCGCGGUCGUGGGUCGCCAGAUUCUGCGAAGAGAAUGUCUCGCCGCUGCUGCUCCAGGAAGAAAUCACGGCCAUCCACGCCUCGUCCGAGAAGGACCUCUGGGACCCCGAGGAGAUGACGGUCCGCGGCAGCAAAGUGUCGCGUGAGAUCAUCACGUCGUACAUCAAGGACGAGUGCUCGCUCGAGAUGGUCAUUCGCGUGCCAGCGUCGUACCCGCUCCGGUCGGUCGAGGUCGAGUGCACCAAGCGCAUUGGCAUAUCCGAAGAGCGCUGGCGGCGCUGGGUGCUGCAGAUCAUCAAGGUCACGUCGUCCCAGGACGGCUCGCUUCUCGAUGCGGUCUUGCUCUGGAAGACAAACGUCGACCGCGAGUUUGACGGCGUCGACCCGUGCCCCAUCUGCUACUCGAUCCUGAACCCCAAGACGAUGGGCUUGCCCAACUUGCCGUGCAAGACGUGCAACAACAAGUACCACAACUCGUGUCUCUACAAGUGGUUCAACCAGUCGAGCAAGAACAAGUGUCCGAUCUGCCAGCAGCCCUUUUGUUAAUUCGACUAAGAAGACAAUAUAUACACCAGAUGCAAUUCAA